AUGUUAUUUUUAAUUAAGAAUUCAUUUCCACACAUACUAUUGCUGCUUAUAGUGAAUAAUAUAUAUCUGUAUAUUAAUUCGAAAAAAUGGGAGGGGCUAAAAGUUUGUAGAUUGUUAAAGGAAAAAAAAAAGCCACAUUGCAUGUACGAUAAUAGGAAUAAGUGGCUAUCUGGGAAAAAAAUUAACUGCAAGCCGAGAAAUUACCUGUACAUUCAUAACAAAAAAAAAAUAUGUAUACACGAAUCGUAUAAGUUUAACAAAUAUAAACUAUGCUCAAUUUUUUCACUUUUUGAUAAAAAGAACGAUGAGAAGAAGGGGAAAAAAAAAGACACACAUGAGGGAAAGUCAAUUGUAGGAGGAUAUACACAAAAGAAUAAUGAAAAUAAGAAAGAAAUGAAUAAAGCAGGAAAAGAAACAGAUAAUGCAGCUCCCAUAUCGGUAGUAAAUAUUCCAGAAAAAAGUACGAAGCAUGGAAAUUUACUACCCACAUCAGAUCAAACGAUAAAUUUUAAAGAAAAUUUGAAAACGGAAAAAAUAUCCCCAAAGGAUUUCAAUACCAAGAAGAACAUCUCACCAUGCAUUGGUAUGGAGAAAGGACACGACAAAGAAAUAAAGAUCGAAAUUAAAGAUACUAUGAAAAGUGUUUAUCCAAAAGAUGCACUUAAAAAUGUGGAGGAAUACAAAAAGCAUUUGCAAAUGAUUAAGGAUAAAAUAAUUUUAUCAAUUCACAAUAUUUUUUCUUCGUACAGAAAAUGCAUAGAUAAGAAAGAUAAUUUGAAAAAUUUUGUUCUAAACCUACUAAACGAGUUCGAACAUAAAUACGAAGAAUAUACAUACAUAAAAGAUAUAAAAAAUAUGAACAAGGAAAAAGUGAAAGAAGAAUAUUUACAAAGUAAUUAUAAUUGCUUCCUAGAAAUAGUAAAUAUUAUUGAAGAAAAUUUGUUCAAUCUGUUCGUUUAUAAAAUCCAGUCUGUAAAAGUAAAGGCUCUUAACGAAAUAAAGGAAGCAAUAAUGUCACACAGAGAAAGCAACAAUGAUUACAUUUCAUACAUUAAUCAUGUUAGUAAAACAUUUCGAAAUUAUGAGAAAAAGUUAAAAAAUUUACUUGUUCCAAGUUUUAAAUUUACUUUAUAUGACAAAAUAAGAGAAAAUGAAACGAAUGUUAACAAUUCAUCGUGCUUAAUAAAUUUUAUGUACGUUUUACCAGUAGAAAAAUAUGAAAAGUUAAUAAAAAAAAAUAUAAAUUAUGUAAAAAAAUUAUCAUACGAUUUGACAAGAAAAAAAAAAAAAAAAUUUAUGAAAGAAAUUGAAAGAAAUAAAAAUUAUCAAAAUAUUUUACAAAUUAUUGACAAUCAACAAAAACAAAUCGAAAUUUUACAAGAUCAACUUGAAGCCAACGUUGAAGGUAUAAAUGGAAAUUAUUCUCCUUUUCAUUGUGCUCUUGCUUAUAGGAUACCCGAUACCAACUUGAACAUUUCAACCCAAUACAUGAAGGGAAAAUUUAACAUCAAAUUGAAUUGUAUACCUGAUGAUUCUUUACAUUUGUUAGGUUCCUAUGGUUUUGUCAAAGCCCUUCCAUUUGGAAAUUUAGGGCUGUCUUUUUCUUUAAAUUUUUGA